UUUAUCUGAGAAAAACAAAAACAAUCGCGUUGGCCUAUUAAGUCCAAUUUCCCGCGCUUAAUACAAUCAAAGAGUACUUUCUCAGGAGUGGCAUUAGCCAAAAGCACCCGCCGCUUCUGAAAUUUUGACCGUUAAAAUGAGACGUUGUUACUCCACCUUCAGAAAGCCCUUAAAUUCAAUUCACGAACCCAUCUCUCUUCUUGAUUCAUGCAAAUCAAUGGAGCAAGCCAAGCAAGCUCAUGCCCAACUGAUCACCACCGGCCUCAUCCAACAACCUAUCCCAGCGAAUAAACUCCUCGAGAAGCUCACUUUCUCAAGCUUUGCUUCUGUCCAUUAUGCCCAUCAAGUGUUUGAUCAAAUUCCCUAUCCUGACCUUUUCCUCCACAACACCAUGAUCAAAGCUCAUUCACUCUCACCCACUUCUUCCCGUAAUUCUCUUAUUAUAUUUCGGUCAAUGAUCCGGGGUUUGAGGCUUUUGCCUAAUCGGUACACUUUUGUGUUUGUGUUUAAAGCAUGUGGUAACGGGUUGGUGGUAUUGGAGGGCGAGCAAGUUCGGGUUCACGCGAUAAAAGCUGGGUUGGAGAGCAAUGUGUUUGUUACGAAUGCGUUGAUUGGGAUGUAUGUCAAUUGGGAUUUCAUUGAGGAGGCUAGAAGGGUGUUUGAUACGAGCGUGAAUCGGGAUAUGUAUUCAUGGAAUAUUUUGGUCAGUGGGUAUGUGGGGACCGGUGAUAUGGAUCGAGCUAUGGAGGUUUUUGACCUAAUGCGUGAACGUGAUGUUGUAUCAUGGACUACUGUAAUAGCUGGUUACGUUCAGGUGGGUUGUUUCAUGGAGGCCUUGGAUCUCUUCCAUAAGAUGCUGCAAGCAGGUCCUAAACCUAAUGAGUUUACCCUGGUAAGUGCUCUUGUUGCUUGUGCAAAUCUAGCGGCAUUGGAUCAAGGAAGGUGGAUCCAUGUUUACAUUGAUAAAUGUGACAUCAAGAUGAAUGAGAAACUACUAGCUAGCCUCAUAGACAUGUAUGCAAAGUGUGGACAGAUAGAAUCUGCAUCAAAGGUUUUCUUCAACGAACGUGGUCUGAGGAGGAAGGUUUGGCCUUGGAAUGCCAUGAUUGGUGGUUUUGCAAUGCACGGAAAAUCCAAGGAAGCGAUUGAUAUUUUUGAACAAAUGAAGAUUGAAAAAGUUUCUCCGAACAAAGUCACAUUUGUUGCCUUAUUAAAUGCUUGCAGCCAUGGAAAUAUGAUUGAUGAGGGAAGAGGUUAUUUUGAGUCCAUGGCAACUUCUUAUGGAAUUGAGCCAGAGAUAGAGCAUUAUGGGUGUAUGGUAGAUCUACUGGGCCGUGCUGGAUUCUUGAAGGAAGCUGAAGAGAUCAUAUCUAGUAUGCCAAUGGCUCCAGAUGCUGCCAUUUGGGGAGCAUUACUUGGUGCUUGUAGAAUUCAUAAGGAUAUGAAAAGGGCAGAGCGAAUAGGAAAGAUAGUGAAAGAACUGGAUCCUAACCAUAUCGGUUGUCAUGUUCUAUUGGCUAAUAUUUAUUCUGCUUCCAGGAGAUGGAAUGAAGCAAAGAUGGUAAGAGAGAAUAUCAAAUUAAAUGGAAGAAAGAAAAUCCCAGGUUGCAGCUCCAUCGAAUUAAAGGGUAUGUUCCAUCAAUUCCUUGUUGGAGAUAGAUCACAUCCCCAAACUAAGCAGCUCUACCUGUUCUUGGAUGAGAUGACAGCUAAGUUGAAAAUUGCUGGGUAUUUUCCAGAAUUUGGAGAAGUUCUGCUUGAUAUUGAUGACGAGGAAGAUAAAGAGACAGCCCUGUCAAUGCAUAGUGAGAAGCUAGCCAUUGCUUUUGGUUUGAUGAACACAGCACCUGGAACCCCAAUUCGAAUUGUGAAGAACUUAAGAGUUUGUGGGGAUUGCCACCAAGCAACAAAGUUCAUCUCCAAGGUUUAUGAUCGAGAGAUUAUUGUCAGGGACAGGAUUAGGUAUCACCAUUUUAAAAAUGGAAUCUGUUCUUGUAAAGACUACUGGUAGAAUGAAGAUUGCUUUGUGAUGAAUCGAAGCUGAUCUCAAAUUGCAAGUUUUCCUCCUUUCCUGCCAAAUCUUCAAGAAUUUGGCUCCUCUGCAUUACAUUCUGUCAGCUAUUUUUCUGCUGAAAAGGUGCACAAUUUGAGUUGGUAAUACAACCGUGCUUUCUUUGUGAAUGUGGCAGUAUCCUUUUGCAUAGCGGGUUGACAACGAAGAGCAAUGUGUUCAAUGGAAUGAUGAGAUGCAUGGGCUUUUACAUGAGAGGAGACCAAGCCUAUUUUUAUUUGCUUUAGAUGGCUCCCUCAGGGCAUGAAAGAUACUGCAUAGUCACCAAAUGAAACAGGAUCUUCUAAAGGUUAAGGGUUGCUCAAGGAUGUGGGAGGAAUCAAAGCCAAUAGACAGAGCUAUAGAUAACAAAGACAUGGGUCAACAUCACAGGCAUCUGACUGUUUCAACAGGGGCGCACUAGAAAUAAAUCAAGGCAUGGUAGAAGUCAAUUGAGGAGAAACAACUGCUUCAGGAGGCAGCAGAUAGACAAAUUUUUGGAGCCACUGCCAGGGAUCACCUUAGCCAUUAACUAGAGGGCAAUUUUUUGCAACUUUUUUUUUUUGCCUUUUUCCCUGUCAAAUACAAACACAGACAAAAUGGGGAAGCUCUGAGUUUAUUCAGCUUGUAAAUGUUUGGUUUGGUCAAUCUUCUUAUAGCGCCUCCUACAGUGGAAUCCAGUCAUCCUACUUACGUAUAUCUUCUGUUGUACUUGAGCAGAAAG